AUGGAGCGGUUGAUCAGACUAUAUAAUGAGUGGGAAAUACAGCUACUUGUGCUCCUUAGCUUCACAUUGCAGUUGUUCCUCUUCUUCGCUGGCAGGCUUCGGCGGUGUAGCGGCAACAGGCUCCUAAGGCUCUCCCUUUGGGCUGCUUACUUGGGGGCAGACCUGGCAGCAGUUUAUGCACUUGGCUAUCUGUCACGGCAUCAGGAUAUCAACAUUGAAAGGCUAAGAAGAACCGAACAACUGGCUUUCUUUUGGGCACCAUUUCUCCUCAUCCAUCUUGGUGGGCAGGACACCAUUACUGCUUUUGCCAUGGAGGAUAACAACUUGUGGUUGAGGCAUCUCUUGAAUCUGCUCACCCAAAUUGCCCUAGCUUUAUAUGUAUUCCGGAAGUCCAUUGGAAGACACGGCGCGAACCUUUUACUCUCAGGCAUCUUUUUGUUUAUUGCCGGAAUUAUCAAGUAUGGAGAAAGAAUAUGGUCUCUCAAGUGUGGCCGUCUUAGAAGUCUUGAGAGCUCAACUGGGCAUCAGAGCAGAAAACAAUUGCCUGAAGGAAACGCCGGCGACGCUGGCUUUGUUGGCGCAGCCCUCAAUUCCAUGCCACGCGCCCUUGAUGUCUUAUUGGAGCGCAGCAUGAUUGAUCCAUCGUCAGACCAAUUGGACCAAUUGGUAAAGACAGAAGUUGACUCUGACGAAAUGAUCAAGAUGGUGAGGCUGCAGCUUGGCAUAAUAUACGACGACCUCUACACUAAGGCUCUUGUGCUCAGGACUUGGAGCGGAGUUAUACUUAGAUGCAUCUCCCAGGCCUCGGUUGUUGUUGCUUUUGCGCUCUUCCAUCCAGAUGACAAACAGAGGUAUAGCAAAGCUGAUGUUGCAAUCACCUAUACACUAUUUGUCGGGUGCUUUUUCCUGGAAGUCUGCUCAAUGUUCAUUUCCAUGAUGUCACCAUGGACAUGGGCAUGGUUGAAGGUUCAAAAUUGUGAUGUCCUUGCCAGGUUGUCAUGGUUUGUGUUUUGCUGUGACAUCGGAUACCCAAGGAUGAAACAACGGUGGCCAAAUUUGAUUGGGCAGUACAACUUCCAUAGCUGGUUGACUGAGAGCGACCUGCAGCGAAGUACACGUAAUCGACAAAUAAUGGUGGUCUUCAGAAAGCUGUUCGUGGGUUUGCUCGGUGUUAAAAAGAAGAAAAUGUUUUGGGUAAGCAAUCUAUUGGAUACCAAGUACACGGAUGUGGAUGAAAUGAUCGUGAAAUGUGUAGCAAAAGAGCUGAGUCUGUUACUACAUGAAUUUGACGAUGGUCAAGCACGACAAGAAUGGCCAAACAUUAGCCAACUGUUUGGCAAUGCACAGGAUGGAAUUAUUAGAGACUUUGGCUAUGGUAUUAUCUUCAUGCACUAUGUCACAGAGACACUUUUAGAAAAACCUGCUUCCCCCAGUGAGGACAUGGAAGCAAAUGCUACAAGGCCAGAUGUACCUUCUGGUCUGGUGGAGGUAUGCCGGAAACUCUCGAACUACAUGAUGUACCUUUUGGUUACCCACCCUUCCAUGCUGCCGCUGUCUAUCAGCGCCACAGCUACCCUGGAUCACUUCCACGAACCUGAACGGCUUAAAGAUGUCACAAAGCUCAUGGAGGACUCUGAAUUGGUGGCAACCAAAGAAACACUGGAGGAGAUAGCACGCCUGUGGGUGAGGUUACUCCUCUACACUGCUGGCAAGUCGAAGGCAGAGAUGCACGCGGCGCAGCUGAGUGAAGGCGGGGAGCUGAUCACAUUCGCCUGGCUGCUCAUGGCCCACCGCAGGAUCGGGGAUUACCAUCUUAGAAGGAUUCAUCUUACCAAUGGCAAUACUCGUGGAGCAGAUGCAGAGUUGACGAAUGUAUACGCCUUCUAUGUUCCCCGAAAGUCGGAAGAUCAGAUACCGGCCGCUGAUCAUGGGUAA